CUGUGCUAAUAAAUUACACUAAUAUUAGCACUGAGAUGUCACCUAAUAAGAAAGUAGCUAUUCUCUUUCUAGUAGUGUUGGCAGCAAUUUGCUCUCUUGACACCGUGAUUAGUGGAUGUUGCAGUAAGACAUGUACUGAUAAGCAAAAGAACUACAUCUUGCAAGUAUGUGGGCACUACAUCAUGGCAUCAAACACCCGUAGGCUGCCACCUAAAAGUGAUCCAUGUUGUGCGGCCGUGAGAACAUUGCAGAGCCAUGGCGAGGGGAUGAUGCAGUGUGUCAUCGAUCUACUUACACACGCAGAGAGCGAGCAGUACAAUGCAACAGUGAUGCUAUACUUGAAAAGAUAUUGCACACAACGUUCAUCUUUAUUUGCUCUUCCAUCUGCUGAGGUCAUGGUGUAACGAUGCUGACGAAGAAGCUAAGUGCAUGGUCAUCACUACUACAGAAAGAUUUCUAGAGAAACGGUUGUAGUUGAAAUUGAAUGUUGAUACAUCCGCUAAUUGAUUAAUAAAAUCGAUCAAAGCAUGACCAUUAUUAUAACUUGUAGCUUGAAUUGU